AUGUCUGUCUACGAGUUUGAUGCCGACGCUGACAGGACAGCCGCACCUUCCAUCAACUCAGAGAAGGGUGAUGUUGAAGUGCAAAAGGCAGAAGUUGAACAUGACCAAAGACAUGAUGCCAAGCAUGAACAUACACGCCACGACUUCCGCUCAGAAGAGCGCGAUGACAUUCCCGCCGCCAUCGAACCGCGGUUCGAUGACACGGAAAUAUAUCCAGACGGCGGUCUCGCUGCUUGGCUUGUGGUCCUCGGAGGCUCAUUCAUAACAUUCUCGACCUUCGGGGUCGUCAAUGCAUGGGGAACGUUUCAGGCGUAUUAUGAAGAUGAUCUGCUCGCGGGUACACCAUCGUCCACAAUGCCUGUUUACGAUCCUGAUCUUCUCAUGGAAUCAGACUCGCUCGUCUUCCUCCCGGCUUUCAUCUUUGGCCGCCUUUUCGACAUCGGCCACUUCAGGGUUCCUUUCCUUACCGCAAGCACAGCUCUUGUCGUGUGCACCUUCCUCAUCGCGGAGUGCACGCAAUACUGGCAGUUUAUGCUCUGUCAAGGUAUCAUUAUCGGGUUAUGCUCAGGAGCAAUCUAUGGACCGACUAUGGCCAUCAUUGGUCAUUGGUUCAAGAAACGACGUGCACUUGCCCUAUCCAUUGUCGCAAACGGCAGUUCCUUGGGGGGAGCUCUGUUCCCUAUUGCGUUUGGUCGACUCAUCGAGGAAGUCGGCUUCAAAUGGACGAUGCGCAUCCUCGGAUUCCUUCUUCUUUUUACCCUCGGUGUGGCAAAUCUGACACUCCGUCGCCGGCUUCCUCCCGUCAAUGCCCCCGGUGGUCUCGUCGACUUCGCCCAAUUCAGGAACCUUGCUUUCACUUUCUACACGGCUGCCGGCUUCGUGUGUUUCCUCGGUCUUUACACUUUUCUAGUCUACGCCCAGUCGAGUGCACCAGGACAAGGCGUCAGCCCCGAGCUCGUUCCAUACUUGGUUGCACUCGGAAACGCUGGUUCCAUCGUCGGCCGUCUCAGCACCGGCUUCCUAGCCGACAAGUUCGGGAUCAUGAACGUCAUGAUGCCCUCUAUGAUCAUCACAGCCGUUUUCACCUACAUCUGGCCCUUCAUCCACGGCACGGGGUCCAUCGUCACACUCAUAACACUAUACGGGGUAUCAAGCGGGGCGUUCGUCGCCUUGCUUGCCGGUCCGAUCAUGGCUAUGGGCGCAACGGAAGACGUGGGAAGGAGAACGGGGAUGUAUUUCACCAUCAUGGCCAUCGGCGCGCUGGCGGGUUUGCCGAUCAGCGGCGCCAUACAUGAUGCUACAGGGAGCUACAAGCCGGCCGGGAUAUACGCAGGGUCGGCGGUGCUUGCAGCGGUGGCUUGUCUUGUGGCUUCCAAGUGGUUCGUUUUGGGCGGCAGUCUCAGAGGGAAGGUCUAA